GGAAUUAAUCUUUUUCACAGUCAAGUUUUUUUAUACAUAAGUUAAUCAAGCUUUUAACAUUCGCACGUCUCAAGCUCCUUACACCGACAAAACCCAAACAUUAUAAACGGGGAAGAUUUUUUUUAAGCUGGGAAGACUCAAGCUUUUUACGCGGGCAAGAAUCAGGCUUCCUCGUCUCUCCGGAGGCGACGAGAUGCAGAAUUCUCGGCGCGCACCUCCCCCUUCCUCGUCCCCGUCGCUCAAGCCGGGGCCUUUUACACACUCUUACUGCACAAACUUUGGCCCAAACUUUCUUUUCCCCGCAUGAAGUGAUGUCAGUCACGCCAGAACUGGGAAGUCACAAGGAUAUCAAGGGUCAACACGCAUGCGCGGACAACGUUACGAUCAUAAAACCGUCGCGACUCUGCCUGUUGAUUCAGUAUCUCCUGAUGUUCCGCGUGGGUCUCUAGCGCGCCGCCGCCCCUCAGUUCCCAAGACCUCACACUCCUUCGCUCCCCUCAUUCCCUAGCGAGUGUGGCCGUUUUAACACGUCUUCCCCCUCCCCUCCCCUCACUUACUAACAAAAACAUAAUGUGUGGAUGCUAAAGAUACCUAGCUCGUCUUUGUUUAGUCUAGACGAAAACUUUUAUGGUUUAGUUAAGUCGCCCCUGCUGUGUGUGGCGGGCCAGUGGUUCGCGAUGGUCCGGUGUGGUGGACACGUGGUGGUGUGGUUCGCCCCGGUGGUGCUUCUCCUCCAGCAGGUGACGUGUGAGAAAGGGCCAGCGUUUCCGUCCUUUGGCUCUGAGGACCAACACGAGAUUCAGGCAGCCGUGGGGCGCGAGGCUGUGUUCAGAUGCACGGUCAUGAACAUCGGGGCAUACCAGACGGCGUGGCUGGACAUGAAGAAGGGUAUCGUGUUUGCCAUGGGGGACGAUCUUUUCACGGAGAACCCCCGCAUCGCAGUGCACCACUCGCUCACGCUGGCGGGCGACGAGGCGUGGAUCCUCACCAUCAAGGACGUGACGGAGGCGGACGCGGGGAAGUACAUGUGCUCCCUCAACACGCCCGUCAGCCUCAGGAAGUACUACAGGCUCACGGUGGUCGUGCCGCCCAAGAUCCUGGAUGCCAACACGAGCCGCGACACGGAGGUGCGGGAGGGCGGCGCGGCGAGGCUGGUGUGCAGUGCCAGUGGCCAGCCUCAACCCACCUACAAAUGGCGCAGGGAGGACUCCAAGGUCAUCGGCAUCUCCGGCGGCCACGACGUGCUGGUGGAGGGAAGUGAGCUGGUGUUUGAAUCUGUGAGGAGACGCCACGCCGGGGCCUACUUGUGCAUCGCCUCCAACCAGGUGCCGCCCUCCGUCAGCAAGCGGAUCACCCUCAACGUGCGCUUCAAACCAGAAGUCACGGCGGAGAGUCGUGAGGCGUCGGCGUUGUUGGGCUUCAGCGUGAACCUAUCGUGUGUCGUGGACGGCUACCCGGAGCCUCAAGUCCAGUGGCUCAAGAGGAACAACGAAGCCUUCGUCUCUCACCUUCCCGACAAAGGCCUCAAGGUCCAGAAGUACACGCAAGAGGUCCGCCACGUCAACUCGUCUCGACUGAUCAUGAUGCUCUCCAUCACAAACGUAGCUGCAGACGAUUUCGUGGAGUACCACUGCUCCGCUAACAACUCCGAGGGCACUGCAAAGGCGCCCGUCAUUCUUUACGAGAAAACCACCACUACCACCACCACCACUACCACCACUACCACUACCACCACCACCACCACUACCACCACCACUCCCUCCACCACAACCAGCAGCAGCAUGAACGCCAUUGACAGCGUGGAGGACAAUCUAGUCUGGCACAAGAGCAGAGACGGCAGGCGGGAAGGGUCUGGCCUCGCCUCGCGCCACACCUCUAGCUCCAUGUUGGCGUCCCUCAAGGAUACAGCAAGGAACGGGACAGCAGCAGGCGUAGUAGGAGACGACCUGCUGGACCGGCACACGCAGCAGAGGAAGCAGCAGCAGCAGGGCGCCGAUGAGCAGUGGAACAAACAGUACGAGAGGAAAAUGUAUCCGUACGCCGGUAACUCUGCGGGCAUUAGCGGAGGACAGAGUUUUCCUUCCCUCCUUCCUUGCAUUUUCCUCCUCCUCCUCCUCCACUUUCUGUUUUCUCCACUUUAUUCCUCGCCACCUUACCCCUCCUUCUCCUCCAACUCCACUUCUUCCUCGUCUUCCUCCUCCAAAUCCUCUUUACUACGCUCCCACUCCUUUCCUCCCUCUUCAUCAUCUCCUUCAUACACCUCAUCCUUUUUCCUUCUAUCCUCUUCGGGUUCCUAUUCUUCCUCUUCCUUCUUCUAUUCCUCCUCUUCCUCGAGUUCGUCCUCGUUAUCCCCCCGCUCGUCUCCCAUCUUCGACGCAAGUAAAGAAGAGCAAAAGUUCCGGAGGUGAAGCAAAAUUGAAGGAAAACAUUAUAGUGGAAACUAACAGAGAAGAAAAUUAUAGAGAUUCAUUAAGGGUGAAAAAUGCUUGGUGAAAAUGUUUGAAGUGAAAUUAGUGGGGCGUGGAAUUUCCCGGAGAAGAAUUUGUUGAAAAAGUUUUGUGACAGUGAUCAGAAAUAAAAGAUGGAAGAAUUGGAAAUAUUAUUCAAGGGAAGAAUAAGAAAAAGGUUCAUAAUAGAAGAAAAAACUACGCCACAUAUUUAUCAUAAUGGUUUGUACAUAUUAUAGCAAGUGAGAAAUCGUGAAUAUACAAUGUGAAAUAUAACAGAAAGAAAAAAAAAGUGAAGAAAAUACGUCCAGUGCGAAGUAGGUGUGGGUCUCUUAGCUCUCAGUCAGUCAGUCAGUCAGAGAGACAGUCAGUCAGUGAAUUUAUGAAUGAGUGGAUCAGAUAGUCUGGCGUGUUCUCUCUCUCUCUCUCUCUCUCUCUCUCUCUCUCUCGCUCGCUCGCUUUCGUUCUCUCACUCUCUGCCUAAGUUUGCCUCCAUGAUUUUCAAGUCCAGGGAAAUGUGACUUUUUUUUUUUUCCCCUGCCACUUUUAUUUCCCGCACUCUUUUACGUCAGCUGUACGCGGCUGCUCCACGGAUGGAAAUGAAGCCACUUUUUUUGGCUGCCUCCUUUCAGUCCGCGCUGCCGCUCUUCAAGAAUUCACUGUUUUAUUAUUCAGGGAAAUAGUAAAAGAAAGGAAAGAAUAAAAAGAAGACAAGACAACUCCGGAUUAAAUCAUGGAAAGAAAUAGUGUUUCAAGAGUACGUUAGUGAUGGAAAACAAAACGCGGCGCCCACAGUGAACGUUAUCAACUGGCAGUGAACGAGCGUUUUCAUAAUACCCACCCCACAAAACUGUUCAAAAUUGCUCAAGAUCAAGGUAAUUCAACGUUUACUUCUUCUUUCGUCUUCUUCUCCCGGCUCAUAACACCUGCCCGCACCAUCCUCCCUCCUGCGUCGAUGUUGGUGCUCGGAGUGAGAGACAUUGUGCGGGGCAGGGCAGGGUAAGGAAAGGCACAUGUCCACCCCUCGCCCAUCACUUCCUCCUCCGCUCCACUCUCCCACCUCAUCGCACCUGCCCCUUCCACGUUAAUUAAUGUCAUAUAGCUGGUGCUCGGAGCAGGAAAGGCGGGACAGGGCAAGGCAGAGUAUGACAAGGAGGAGCAGGGCAAGGCAGGGUAAAACAUAUGUCCGCUGUCUGCCCAUCUUCGCUUCCCACCUCAUCCCGCUAGUCACACACCUCCGACCGUGUUUUUCCCAGUGCUCGGAGCGGGAGAGGCAGGACAAAGGAGGGCAAGGCAAGGCACAUAUCCACGGUGUGUCUACUGUGUCUGUUUGCUUCCCGCUCUCCCACCUCAUCGCUCCUGAUUUUUCCAUCCCAAUGCGUUGAUGAGGGUGCUGCUGGGGCGGAAGAAGCAAGGCAGAGCUGGACACGACACGACACGACACGACAGGACAGGGCAGAGCAUAGCAAAGUGGAACGAAAAAAUGUACUUCUAAUGCUUCCCCCUAAUGUCUGUCGUCUGCCCUGUCGUGGACUGCGUUGCUGUGUUUCGAAAAGUACAGCUCAAGUGUCUACUAGCUUGUACGACCAAACUACCAGAUACGUCACUACGUUCUUCCCGUUAAGAAAAGGGCGUCUGGAACAACACUAAUUACAAUGAGGUGAGAUGCUGCUAGGACAGGUAUAAGGACCUUUAAGUGUGCUUCGGCGUUAAAGUGGCAUCUCUUGGUCAGGUUCGUGUUCUCCCUAUACGUCCAGUGGUGUACUUACGUAGGCCUAAGGUGCAGAAAGGACAACAGAAAGGUGAUGAUGGUGAUGAUGGUGACAAACGGUGCUCAAGAGGUGCUUAAGUUCAUGCCUCACAAGGACACUGUAGGAGUACUUUGCCAUGCUCAAGAGUGCUAAAAACUAUAGGUGUAGAAAGAAGGUGUGUUCCACGUGAUAGCCGAUGUCCAGUGUGCUAAGAAAGUGUAGGAAUAGAAGAAAGUGCUGUGCUACAAGAGUUACCAGGGCUCAGAAAUACUUCCAGGGACCGUGGCUGGCGCGGGUCUGGCUGCGGCGAGCUGGUGAACAUCGGUGACUAAUAUAUGACAGUUUUACGUGCCUGGCGAGAACAUAAAUUUCAGUGGGGAGGAGUAAUUAUAGUGGACCGAUUGAACACGCGGGAUAUUUAUGUGUGGGACAGAGUUUGUGUGUGUGUGUGUGUGUGUGUGUGUGUGUGUGUGAGAGAGAG